AAAAAAAACAAAAAACAAAAGAAGUAAACUGAGAAUGAUGAUGAGGUCCGCCGGCAAAGAAAUAGUAGUAGUGGUUAUUAUGCUGAUGAUGAGCUUCACAAUGAUGCUCACUUUGACAGCGGAAUACGAGAUACCUUGGAAAUCCGAUAGAUAUGACAGAUAUGAAGGGCAAAAAGAGAUAUAUAAUAUGGUUCCAAGGGGUUGCAGAAACAAGUGCGGCAACGUUAGCAUUUUCUAUCCAUUUGGAAUUGGACCCAAAAAAAAUUGUUAUUUGAACAAAUGGUUCCUUAUAAAUUGCACCAAUACCUCGGAUGGUGUGGAGAAACCUUUCUUGAGCUCCUUUUCCGACGAAAAGGAUGGUGUAAGAGAGAUUCUGCGCAUUUCCUACGAGUUACAAACAAUAACAAUGAAAGAGUGGUUUUCUCCUCUCUGCCAAACCACCACCGGCUCCGCCAAUCUCUCUGUAAUGAGAAACACAAAAUUAUCCGGAGCCCCAUUCUUUUACUCUUCCAGUGCCAACAGGUUCAUGUUUUAUGGUUGCGGCACCGCUGUCCUCACUACGCCGGGUCAAGAAUUCAUACAGUCCAGUUGCAAGUUGACCUGCCGCAAUAACACCACGCCAGCACCUAAAUUUGUGGAUAGUUGCAAUGGCAUAAACUGCUGCCGUCUUCGUUUUGACUACGAUGUAAGUGCAUACCAAAUCAACAUCACUACACACUCAUCCAUCGUCAACGCCUGCAACUAUGCCUUCUUUCUUGCUACUCCUUCUUCCCGAUUCAGCCUUAGCAACCUGCCGCCGGAAGAGAAGGUGGUUGUCCCGGUGGUUUGGAGAUGGAUCAUCAAAAGAUACGACUUCAAUUACUUGCCUCCCCAUUACUCAAUCCCCUGUUAUUCGUAUGAGAACAUCUUUCCUCCGCAACCACGAGGGACAAAUUGGAACUGUCACUGCAACUUUCCGGAAAAAGGGAACGUUUACUUACCAAAUGGAUGCCAAGCAUGGGAUGAUUCAUGGGCAUUGGGGGAAAAAGCAAGGCUUAAUAAUGUUCCAAAGGGUUGUCAAGAUAAGUGCGGAACUGUAAACAUUUACUACCCAUUUGGAAUUGGAAAUGGAGGCAGCAAAAGUUGCUAUUUGAACAAAUGGUUCCUCAUAAACUGCACACAAUCUUCAGAUGGUUCCGAGAAGCCCUACUUGAACUCCAUUUCCGGUGGAGUUGAGAUUCUGGGCAUGUCCUAUGAGUCACAAACAAUAACAGUAAAAGAGCCAAUCUCUCCUUACUGUCAAACCACCGAGUUUAUCAAGGGAAGCAAUUUCUCCCAAAUUUCCAACACAAAAUUAUCUGCAAGCCCCUUUUUUUACACAAUUGGCAACAACUUCAUGCUUUUUGGUUGUGGAAACGCUUUUAUCACGAUGGCGGGUGAAGAAUUGGAACAACAGGGUUACAAGUUGAACUGCAGCAAAAACACUGCACCGAAAACUGCAUAUGAUUGCCAUGGCAUAAACUGCCACUAUCUUACUUUUGAUUACGAUGUAAACACAUACCAAGUCAACUUCACACACUCUCCCAUCAACGCCCCCUGCAACUAUGCCUUCUUUCUCAGUGCUUCUUCUUCUUUGCCAACUACACUUCAAAGCCUUCCAAGCAGGCAGCAGGAAGUGGUGGUUGUCCCGGUGGAAUUGAGAUGGACCAUAACAGAAGACGACGUGCCUCCCUCCUACUCUAAGUACUGCUCUCCUUCUACAUACAUCAAUCCGCAACUACAACGCCAUAAUUAUUUGCAGUGUGACUGCGGAAUUAAAGGCAGGAACGCUUACUUUUCCGAUGGAUGUGAACAGAGGGACAUCGAUGACAAGAUUAGCAGUAAUAAAAUGCGGCCCGCUAUUAUUGGUGUUAGUGCAAGUUUUGGAUUUGUGUUGUUAAUAUGGGCUUGUAUCAUCCUCUAUAAAGCCAUCAAGAAGAGAAAGAUGAAGAAGUUGAGGGAGAAAUUCUUUAAGCGCAAUGGAGGUCUCUUAUUACAGCAACAACUCUUAGCCAAAGAAGGGAUAGUAGAGAAAACAAUGAUUUUCACAGCAAGUGAGUUGGAUAAGGCCACAGAUCACUUCAAUGUUGAUAGAAUAGUAGGCCGAGGUGGGCAAGGCACAGUGUACAAAGGAAUGCUAAUUGAUGGGCAAAUAGUUGCAGUUAAGAAAUCUCAAGCAGUGGACGAGAACCAGUUGGAGCCAUUCAUCAAUGAGGUUGUCAUUCUUUCUCAAAUCAAUCAUAGGAAUGUUGUGAAACUCAUGGGGUGUUGUUUGGAGACUGAAGUUCCUAUUUUGGUUUAUGAGUUUAUACCAAAUGGAACACUUUUUGGCCUUAUACACAAUAAUUUUGAUGAUGAACUCAUUCCUCUUUCAUGGGAUAUUCGUCUCAGAAUUGCAUCCGAGGUGGCUUGUGCAUUAGCUUAUCUCCACUCCGCAACAUCAGUUCCCAUCUACCACAGAGACAUCAAGUCGGGUAACAUUCUUCUCGACGAAAAAUUUCGAGCUAAGGUUUCAGAUUUUGGAACUUCAAGGUCCAUUUCAAUUGACAAAACUCACUUGACUACCUUGGUGAAGGGGACAUUUGGUUAUUUAGACCCUGAGUAUUUUCAAUCUAGCCAAUUCACAGAAAAGAGUGACGUUUACAGCUUCGGAGUUGUCCUUGCUGAGCUCUUGACAGGACAAAAGCCAAUUUCAUUUGAACUUGAUGAUGAUGAGAAUAGGAGCUUGGUAUCACGUUUUCUAUUGUGCAUGGAAGAGAACCGUCUCAUGGAAAUUCUUGACGUACAAGUUAUAGAGCAAGGUAAAAAGGAAGAUGUUGCGGCAAUGGCUUGGCUUGCACAAUGUUGCUUGAACUUGAAUGGAAAGAAAAGGCCUACCAUGAAAGAAGUGGCAACGGAGUUGGACGCCAUUAAAGCAUCUCAUUCUCAUCUCCCCUUGGCCAUGGAAGCAUUGGAGAUUGAAUCAGAUUUCAUAGCUUAAAUUUUAUUAUUUUAUUAAUUUGCUGCAUCUACAUUUCUUCAAGUAUUUCCAUUAAGUUGUCCAGAACUUACUAGAAGUUGAAAUAUUCUUCAUUACUCUAGCUUAUAUCCUGUCUCAUAGGGUAGGAGCCAUGUUUAUGUGUGGUAUCAGCAUAUCCUUGGAUGUAAAAUAAAAGUAAAGAGUCUGUUGUAUAUGUCUCAUCUCUUGUUAUUAGAAGAUGACUGAUUCUUGAUUCCGUAUUCCUU